AUGGGUAAUCAGAAGGUCCUGAUUAUUUGGGUGUGGAUGUUGCUGUUGGCGUCGUUGUAUCCUUGGGCCAACUGCAGGCGUGGAGGAGGUUUUGGUGGCAGGGGUAAGGGAGUGGGUGUGCCAGCCAAAGCGCCUCCUUCCCAGAGCAAAGGCAGACAGGGCCUGAAGCUGGCCGGUGCUGCAGCCGCGGGGGCUCUCGGUGGAGCGGUCAUCGGCUAUGGGCUGGGCUCUCUGGGCAGACCGAGAUAUGGCUACGGCUACGAUGGCUCCUCAGAGGAUGACAGGCGCUAUUACCCUGAUGGACAGGGAUACUACAAUCGCUCGGAUUGGCGAUAUUACAGGAACACAGGCAGCACAGAACAUGUGACCAGUGUCCUCAUAAUACUCGGAACAGUCACACACAUCUUUAUUUGGGGAUGA